AUGGCGCCCGGCUUGGUCUGCUCAUUGUGCACCUCGACCCUCGGCCGUCGGACAGCACCUCCCGCCCUCUUUCAGCCGCGCCCAGCGCAGCGUUUCGUUUCGCGGCUGGUCAAGGCGAGGCCAUCCCGCAUGGUUCUCUCCGACAGAGUCCAUCGACCCCCUGCCUCCGCCGAUAAGCACAAGUCGAGACGCCCUCCAGUCGAUGGCCCCUUCGCUGGCAUGAACAGGCGAGUCGCAAAUGUCGACCGAUACCGAGCGCCCAGGGAGGUGCGAGGGUCGUCAGGAAGAGGCGACAGCGAUACUGCUUCCCGACGCCAUGAGCGACGAGCACCCGACCAUCGCAAGGCGCUGAAGAUGCAGCGUGCCUUGGCUACUGUUCCUUACGGACACAGGACCACCCUCAAGGACAAGAUGUCUCAUUACGACACGUUCGAUCAGUUCGACCUGCUACCUGCUGUAAAGUCAGCGGUGACAGAGGAGUUGUUCAAGAACCUGGUGGACAUUAGACCAACGCCCGUGCAACGCCUGGCCAUUCCCGCAUUACUAGGACAGGCAGGCCCCGGAGAGAAGAAGACGCCCAGCAACGCGAUGGAGUCAUUCCUGCUGGCCGCGGAGACGGGUUCAGGAAAGACGCUGGCCUAUCUGCUACCCGCCAUCGACGCCCUCAAACUCGCCGAAGCCCAUGACCCAGACAUCAAAGCGUACAAGGAGCGGCUCGAGGAAGAAAUGACCCGGCAACAGGCUGCAGGCUUCAAGGGAAAGCCAUUUGACGAGCCACAUCCCACAAUGGCGCGGCCCAAAGUCAUUGUCUUGGUCCCCACCGCCGAGCUUGCCCAGCAAGUGAUGAGAGUGUCCAAGUCCCUGUCGCACGUUGCCAAAUUCAAGACGGAAAUGCUGUCCUCGGAUCUCAAAGCACAACGGAUCCAGCGCAACCUCUACGGGCCCAAGGGUGUCGAUGUCAUUGUUGCCACCCCUCAUCUGCUGGCAUCCAUUGCCGACUCGGACCCAAACAUAUUAUCUCGAGUAUCUCACCUCAUUGUUGACGAAGCCGACUCCCUGUUCGACAGAAGCUUUGCGCCGGUCACCACGAGCAUCAUUGCGCGGGCCAUGCCGUCCAUGAAGAGGCUCGUGUGCUGCUCCGCCACCAUCCCAAGGAAACUGAACCAUUACCUGGCGACGAAUUACCCCAACAUGACGCGCAUCACCACGCCCCACCUGCAUGCGAUCCCCCGACGAGUCCAACUCGGCGUCAUUGACGUCUCGAAGGAUCCCUACCGGAACAACAAGGACCUUGCCUGUGCGGAUGCAAUCUACACCAUCGGCAGAGAGGCGUCGGCGCACGAAUUCCCCGUCAAGGGCGAGGUGGAUGUGCGUCGCGUGCUGGUGUUUGUGAAUGAACGAGAGAAGACAGAGGCGCUCGCAGAGUACCUGCGAUCCAAGGGAAUAGACGCCGAGGCACUUCACAGAGAUACGCCGGAGAAACGGCACGGCCAAGUCCUAAGCACCUUCACUUCGCCCGAGCCACUUCGAAUUGCCACGCCCACGCCCGCGGCAGCCACGGGACGGCGUCGCUCCCUGUCCAACGUCAAGGCUUUGGUGGUCACGGACUUGGCAUCCAGAGGAAUCGACACGGUGGCUGUGCGGCACGUCAUUCUGCACGAUGUCCCGCACACCACUAUUGAUUUCAUCCAUCGGCUGGGUCGAGCCGGACGGAUGGGUCGUCGUGGAAGGGGCAUCGUUCUCGUUGGCAACGAUGACCGCAAAGAUGUCGUUUCCGAGGUCAAGAAUAGCAUGUUCAUGGGCCAGGCGCUCAUUUGA